ACUGGUGAUGCACGAAGUUUCCAGGAAAGUUUUACAAGAUUCUGACACUAUGGCCUCAUUGGCAGAUGGCUGUAUUCAAUUUACCCGCCAUGCCGGUGAUGUACUGCUCAACUUCAACCGACUCCGCAGUAGAAAUAUCCUGACGGAUGUCACUAUCCAGAUUGACGGUCAGCACUUCUGCGCUCACAAGACGGUCCUCGUGGCCUGCAGUGGGCUCUUUUACUCCAUAUUCACGGACCCCCUGAAGAGUAACCUGAGUGCCAUCAGCCUGGACCCCAAGGUGGACCCUGAUGGUUUUGCCAUCCUGCUGGACUUCAUGUACACCUCCACCCUGACCCUGAAGGACAGCCUUGUUUUGGUUACCAUGAACACAGCCUCGUACCUCCAGAUGGAACAUGUGGUGGAUACCUGUCGCAGGUUCAUCAAGUCCAGAGAGCAGUCUGUGAGUCUGCAGAGAGAGGAGGUACUGGCCAGCCCAAUGCGUCUCUCUCAGGACCUCCCUGCUUUCAGGGUUCUGGAUGGGGUGGUGACCAGCCCCAGCCACACAUCCAUAUCUCCUCUCAGAGACUGGAGGAGCUACUCCCCCAGUGUAUUCAGUGGUAUCAAUGCUUCGGGUAGCUCCCACCACGUCCAUGGAAAACACGUCCCCAUCCCCAUCGGAAAAAUGCCAGACGCCUGCAAUGUCAGUGACAUUCCCAAAGGGGGCGCCGUCUCUCAGAAACUCUGCUCUCCCGCGAAUCGCACAGAGACCACCAUCAUCCACCACCCUUUGUCAUCCGACUCCUCUUCCUCCUCAGUUAUGAUCAUCCGCCCUCUCCCCUGCUCCAGCCGUCAGUCGGGGUCAUUUGGCGGCCUCCAGGGGCCUGAACACAGAGGGGCCUCCCCCAUGGAGGAGGACAGCAACCAGCACCCCCAGCCCGGCUCCCUCAGCCUGUCCCCAGGCUUCAGCAAAGGGGUGAUCUGCAACCCCCAAAGCCCCCUCCGUUCUGACUGCCAACCCAACUCCCCCACCGAGUCCAGCGGCUGCAGCAGGAACGCAGCCCCGGCCCUGACCCAGCCAUCUGGCUGCUCCCAGGAGCCCAAGGCCCGCAACUGGAAGAAGUACAAGUUUAUCGUUAUGAACCAGACCUCCGAGGAGGAUGAGUCCCAGGUAGGGAGAGUUGAGGCUGGGGACUGCUCCCCUCCACAGGGCCCCUACAGGACCAGUGGAUCAGAGGGACCCAUUGAAGAGCUGCAGACUGGAGAGAUAGUCAACGAGCAUGGGGAAGAGAUCCUUGUGCCGCAGGCCAGCCAUCACAGCAUUAGCCAGCAGAGAUGCUCCUCCUGUGGUACGGACGCCGCUCAGCACCUGGAGGAGUGUCCCCGCUCCCCUGGCUCCUACAGCGGGGAGGACACCAAUAAGCUGCACUCUGAGUACUCCGACUCAAGCUGUGAGAAUGGUUCCUACUUCUGCAACGAGUGCGACUCAAAGUUUACGGAAGCGGACUCCCUGAAAGGCCACAUGCUCCAGGUCCAUGCUGACAAGCCAUACAAGUGUGACCGAUGCCAGGCUGCGUUCCGUUACAAAGGGAACCUCGCCAGCCACAAGACUGUCCACACUGGAGAGAAACCGUACCGCUGUAACAUCUGCGGCGCUCAGUUCAACCGGCCGGCCAACCUCAAGACCCACACCCGCAUCCACUCAGGAGAGAAGCCAUACAAGUGUGAGACAUGUGGCGCUUGCUUCGUACAGGUAGCUCACCUCCGGGCCCAUGUGCUGAUCCAUACAGGGGAGAAGCCUUAUCCCUGUGAGAUUUGUGGGACGCACUUCCGCCAUCUUCAGACUCUCAAGAGCCACUUACGCAUCCACACAGGAGAAAAGCCCUACCAUUGCGAGAAAUGUGACCUCCACUUUCGCCACAAGAGCCAGUUGAGGCUGCAUCUCCGGCAGAAGCACGGCGCAGUCACCAACACCAAGGCUCAGUACCGCCGGGCGAACCAGGACAUGCUCGUUGGCUUGGCCAAGGCCUGCUAAAUGGACACUGGGACGAUGGAGUGUGAUUGGCUGGCAACCUUUUUAUGUUGUUUUAGGAACACGUUUUCAUAGUGUCUUAGUACCACGCUGUCGAUUGUUGUGUUUGUUGGCACUGGCAGACAAGUUUCCUCCAAAUGUGAAUAUUUCAUAUUAUUUAUAGCUAUUUUACUGUAUGUUUGUAUAUAAAUCCAGUAUGUACUGUGUAUACAUGUUAAUGUGUGUGUUUUAAGAUCUUGAGAAAUGUCCUGUGAUGGAAUAUACAUUUUGGAAAUUUGAAUUUUGGAAUAGGAAUUAUUAUCGGGUAAUAAUUUUUACUUAAUGUGUUCGGUUUUCAGUUAUGUAUGACUUUUCUUCCUGAAUGUUUUCAGUUGGACAGUCUACUUCUAGAAAACUACGACAAAUGUUCAUUCAUAUUGAGAAACACUGUUACAUUGGUACAGUUCUGUUAUAGAUGCAGGAUAUGGGGGCAUGUUCAGCUGGACAUGAGCUAAUGUAUUACCCAGUUCUGUUAUAGAUGCAGGAUAUGGGGGCAUGUUCAGCUGGACAUGAGCUAAUGUAUUACCCAGUUCUUUGUAGUUUCUUAUCUUAUUAUUGUGAAUAUAUCAUGUACUACCAACCCAGAUUGCCCUCUGCUGGCAGAGUAUAUGUCUGCAUUACUAUGGUACAGCCGCUUUUUAUGUCUUUCCACCAAGUGAAAGUUUGUCAUUGAAUCUGUAAUUUGGUCAAAAUAAUAUAUUAUCCGACAUGGAUACAUACAUGCAUACACAAUGUAUUGAAGGUGCCUUACACUGAGUUGUCAGAAUUUUUUGGUCCAUUCAGUUCAUUAGUGCAAUGUCCUACGUCAGCACUUUGUACUGUAUUUGUUUUGUACGCUUUUUGUCUCAAGCCCACCAGCUGUAAGUACACCAGCUCUCAAGCUACAAGUCCUCAGGAAUGUUAUCAACACUUGUCUUUGUAAACUGCAGAGCUUUAUGUGAACUAUAAAUAAAGGAAUGUAUAAUGAAAACAUA